AAGGGGGAGAGAGGGAAAUAUUGCAGUGAGGUGGAGAGACGUGCCAGUAAUCAAGAUUUUGGAUGAGGGCGCACGUCUUGGAGAACACAUGGGAAUGCUCCGGAUCAAUUACGCAGCGUCACGGAGCCGCCGUGAGAGAAGAGGGGCUCCCUGAGGUGCUGCUGCUGCUGCUGCCUGGUCUGCCCCGUCUUGCCCUGAAUGAGCUGGGACACUGAAUUUUGUGCGGGACAAAGUCAAAGUUCAGACGGAUAUACGACUCGCAGAAACACGGGACAUUUCGCCAAGAUGCAGGGUCUCAGUUCCCGGGCUCACGCGUUUUCGGUUGAGGCGCUGGUCGGGAAACCCUGCAAGAGGAUGAAAGUGUCGGAGGGACACGAGUCAAGUUCAGCUGCAGACACCGGCAUCGAUACGAGCAUCUUCACCGGCCCGAACGAAUAUCCAGUCAGCCAGACGAAGAAAGCAGGUUCAACAGCGAGGAGAACAGAGGACACUUCCUGUGACCUGGACAGACAUACUGUCAGAUCAAGGACCGAAGAGGCUGACCCCAGCGGGGAAGAGAACAAGUCGAAAGAGAACGACUGCCGCCCGGACAGAGAGGUCCGAGUAGACUUGCAGGGCUCCGAGCUGUGGAAGAGAUUCUACGAGAUCGGUACCGAGAUGAUCAUCACCAAAGCUGGCAGGAGAAUGUUUCCCUCUGUGCGCGUCAAAGUCCGCAAUCUGGACCCGUGCCACCAGUAUUACAUCGCAAUGGACGUCAUGCCCGUGGACUCAAAGCGCUACAGGUAUGUGUACCACAGCUCGCAGUGGAUGGUGGCUGGAAACACGGACCACUCCUGCAUCUCACCCAGGCUCUACGUGCACCCCGACUCGCCGUGCGCAGGAGAGACGUGGAUGCGUCAGGUCAUCAGCUUUGACCGCGUCAAACUCACCAACAACGAGAUGGACGACAAGGGACAUAUUAUCCUUCAGUCGAUGCAUAAAUACAAGCCACGUGUGCACAUCAUCCGGCACGACCCUCGGAUGGAUUUGUCACAGAUCCAGUCGCUGCCUGCUGAAGGAGUGCACAGCUUCUCCUUCCCAGAAACAGAGUUCACCACAGUCACAGCCUAUCAGAAUCAACAGAUCACGAAACUGAAGAUCGACAGGAACCCAUUCGCCAAGGGCUUCAGAGAUCCCGGAAGGAAUAGAGGAGUGUUGGAUGGCUUGUUGGAGUCAUAUCCCUGGAGAGGCCCUCUCAGCUUGGACUUCAAGCCAUUCACCAUACAGCUCCAAGGGAGCUCAGGGUCACCGACCAGCAGCGUGAAGAGCCUCCUCCCGCUCUCCUCUUCUUCAGCCCUUCAUCCGUUCUCCGUCUCUACGCUCUCCUUCCCGGACGCCACUCUCCACACCCUCGCUCUUCCUCUCUAUGGCAAGGCCUCCACCGUCUCCACACUGCCCAGCAGAGCCUUCUCCUCCCAUGGAGCAGACAGACUGAGAGGGCUGCCCCCGCUGUCCCCGCUAACAGACCUCCCGCUCCUCUCGGCAAAGAAACCUCCCCACUAUAGGGACCCGUGUCUUCACGGGUCUCCGGGGAGCUCCCCGUGCCUCUUCCCCCUCCACAGCCCCUUCAGCCCUCAGGGGCCUUCUCUCCUCCCUCAUCUCUCAGACACUGCGGGCCCCUACUGUCUUUACCGCUACAGCUUCCCCCUGAACCCCCAACUCACAGCUAUUUCCCGGCACGCCAAACUAGCCGAAGACACCACAGACUGUCUGCUGCGCCAGUCUCCGUGGCACCCAACCACCAACCACUGCCUCUGACAGCUGGACCGCACUAUUAGGCUCCGGCCCAUUGAGUGUAACAAGCCAAAGCUUAUUGCAAGAAAACAGAGAGGGCUGAUUCUCUAUUCAACCAAGACUCAAAGGAGCAAUAAAGACAGAACUGUGGCUGUUGGGACUUUUUUUCUUUUAAAAAACUGUUUUGUACACUGUGUUGGAUUUACCGGCACAGAAAUGGAUCCUCUUCACUGUGCAACCUCAACUAGAACCAAAAACACUAACAGUGGAGUGAACAGAAAUGUAGGCAGGUUGUAGAUUUUUAUUUGGUCAGAAGGCACAGUUUCUUUACCGCAGGGCAGAACCUCUUUUUCCUGCCAACAACUUCACUUUCUGUAUUGGUGUUACCAAAGAGCAUCAGCAAUAGGACCUGAGGUAUGUAAUAUAAAUAUUAAUGAACAUGACUGUUAAACUGACCAUAAGUGCCCAUUAAAAUAUUUUUUUUCACAUUAUUGUUCAGGUCAUGUACCAGCAUUCAAAAUGUUCUUUUCCCCUACAUACAGUGUGCAUAAACAAAAGGAAACACUGUUUCCAAGUUUUUUCAGUUGUCUUCACAUGAGCAUACAGUGUAUUUCAA